GAAAGGUACCCUGGUAUUUGUACAGCGGCCGCUGUUUUGCUCAAAAACCGCAACAAAGGCAUGAGCUUGGUUCCUUAUGUCAUCAGCACCAUUCUCAAGGUCGGGAGGACUUCAAAACGGGUAAGCACAAAGUUGUUUGUUUUCCUCGUUGUUUGAUAACCAGUUUUCAAACAUACUUGAAUCAUAAAUAUUAUUUCAGUAAUCAUGGUCCAGGAAAUUAUUAGUUACCAAUAUUAGUAAUUCCUCUUAUGGCAAACAACAUACCGUAGCUCAUAGGUUUUUCUAGAGUUUUCUUAAUUUUUUUAACAGAAAAUUAAAUUAAUGGUUUUCUUUGAGUCCAUAAUAUGUUGUUUAUGUUUGUGCUUCCAAAAAUAUCCAUAAACAUUACAAAUUUCUAGUUCAAGAAAUUCUCAAAAGCCAAACUAAAUAUUUAAUAAUUUACUAAGUUAUAAGCUGCCAAUUUCUAGAUAGGUGACAAUUGAGAUGAUGAUGAUAAUAAUAAUAAUAAUAAUAAUAACAAUAAUAACUAAUAGUAAUAUGCCCUCUAGGGGGUGGGUUGUAUUAUUUGUGGCAACAUGUUAAAAAAGUGUUGGUUUUCUUAAAGGCCCUUCUCAGGCUUAACAAACUUGAUGUCACAAUGUCCCCAAAAAGCAUCAACAAGGCCCUAGAUCUUCUUGGAGAGGAUUUUGAUCUCCCUAUUAAAAACUGGAAAGGUGACAUUACUGCCCAAAAGCAUGCAAGAUAA